AUGGAGCAGCAUUCAGGCCUCCAUGAUGCCUCGCUGCACAGCGAGUACCACAAUGAAUACGAACAGGAUACUCAAAAUAUCGGCGACGCACCUAUCCACAAGCUCAACACUCACGAUUUCACUAGCAUGGAGACUCUACAUAUACCCCAGGCCAAUAUCCACGAAGCAAAGAGUGCCGAGACUCUGACUGUUGACAAUGCUGGUACUUGCCUGCCCGCCAAGAAGACUGCAGAGUGGAGCAUGACGCCGCAGGUGAUCCGGAAUGCAGAACGUGACGAAGCGGCCGGAUUCAAGAGGCGCGAGCUAGGUGUUACAUGGCAAGGCCUAACUGUCGAUGUUCUUGCUGCCGAAGCCGCCGUCAACGAAAACAUGAUCUCGCAAUUAAACGUCCCUCAGUUGAUUAAGGAUUUUCGCCGAAAGCCACCACUUAAAUCGAUCCUGUCCGACAGCCAUGGAUGCGUCAAGCCCGGAGAAAUGCUACUUGUGCUGGGUCGCCCUGGUUCGGGAUGCACCACGCUGCUCAAGAUGCUAUCAAACCGCCGCGAAGGUUAUCACACUGUGAAUGGCGAAGUACGCUUCGGAAACAUGUCUCCCAAGGAAGCUGAAGACUACACUGGUCAGAUUGUGAUGAACACGGAAGAAGAGCUCUUCUACCCCCGCUUGACAGUAGCUCAGACUGUGGACUUUGCAACUAGACUCAAGGUUCCUUUCCAUCUACCACAUGGAGUCCAAAGUGUCGAUGAAUACACGGCCGAAACGAAACAGUUCCUUCUAGAGUCUAUGGGAAUUGCCCAUACAGCUGAUACUAAGGUUGGAAAUGAGUUCGUCCGUGGUGUAUCCGGUGGCGAGCGGAAACGAGUCUCUAUUAUCGAGUGUCUCGCGACAAGGGGUUCUGUUUACUGCUGGGAUAACAGUACCCGUGGUUUGGACGCCAGCACCGCAUUGGAGUGGGCAAAGGCUCUUCGUGCUAUGACUGAUGUUCUCGGCCUUUCCACCAUUGUGACGCUAUAUCAAGCAGGAAACGGAAUUUACAAUCUCUUCGACAAGGUCCUUGUUCUUGACGAAGGAAAGCAGAUCUACUACGGCCCUGCAGCUGCAGCUAAGCCUUUUAUGGAAGAUUUAGGCUUUAUCUAUACUGAUGGAGCAAACGUUGGCGACUUCCUCACUGGGUUGACAGUCCCUACAGAGCGCAGAAUUAGAUCUGGUUGUGAGGACACAUUUCCUAGAAACGCAGAUGCCAUUUUGGCUGAAUACCAAAAGUCCAGCACCUACCACCGUAUGGUCUCAUCAUAUGACUAUCCUGACACCGAAAUCAGCCGCGAGCGCACAAAUGCAUUCAAAGAAUCUGUUUCUUGGGAGAAGUCUUACCACUUGCCUCGGGGUAGUAGUCUGACUACCAGCUUUUGGGCUCAGCUCAUCGCAUGUACCAAGCGACAGUACCAGAUUCUAUGGGGUGAGAAGUCAACAUUUAUCAUAAAACAGAUUCUGUCAUGUGCGAUGGCCUUGAUUGCUGGCUCCUGCUUCUAUGACUCGCCAGAUACCUCUGCAGGUCUCUUCACCAAAGGCGGUGCUGUCUUCUUCUCACUGUUGUAUAACUGCAUCGUUGCAAUGUCCGAAGUCACUGAAUCUUUCAAGGGCCGUCCGGUUUUGAUCAAACACAAGGGCUUCGCUAUGUACCACCCAGCUGCGUUUUCCUUAGCCCAGAUUAUGGCCGAUUUCCCGGUUCUCUUUUUCCAGUGCACUAUCUUCUCGGUUGUGAUCUAUUGGAUGUCUGGACUGAAACAUACAGCGGCUGCUUUCUUUAUCUUCUGGGUUAUCUUAUUCACGACAACUCUGUGCAUUACCGCUCUCUUCAGAUUUAUUGGAUCCGCUUUCAGUACCUUCGAAGCUGCGUCAAAGAUCUCAGGAACUGCAGUCAAAGGCAUUGUCAUGUACGCCGGUUAUAUGAUCCCUAAGCCUCAGAUGAAGAACUGGUUUCUUGAGCUGUACUACACGAACCCCUUUGCCUAUGCCUUCCAAGCUGCUAUGUCAAACGAGUUCCAUGGCCGCCAUAUCCCUUGUGUUGGUAAAAACCUAGUUCCAAGUGGCCCUGGUUACGAGGAUGUUGGAGUUGAGAACCAAGCUUGUGCGGGUGUUGGUGGUGCUUUGCCAGGCGCCAACUAUGUGACCGGCGAUCAGUAUCUUGGAUCCCUUCACUACAAGUACUCUGAAAUGUGGCGGAACUUCGGCGUCGUCUGGGCCUGGUGGGGAUUCUUUGCCAUCCUGACAAUUGUUUUUACAUCCUACUGGAAAGCAGGUGCUGGCUCUGGUGCUGCUCUUCUCAUUCCCCGUGAGAAACUCAAGCAACACCACGCCGCCGUCUUAGAUGAAGAAGCACAACGCAACGAGAAGACUGCUACCCGCGAAACCAUGAAUAGGCCCGUCCAAGUUGAUGAUCAAAACCUAUCCCAGAACACGUCAAUCUUUACCUGGAGAAAUCUCACAUAUACUGUCCAAACCCCUACGGGUCAUCGAGUGCUCUUGGAUAAUAUUCACGGAUGGGUCAAGCCCGGCAUGCUCGGCGCCCUUAUGGGAUCUUCUGGCGCCGGGAAAACAACACUGCUCGAUGUACUUGCUCAGAGAAAGACAGACGGUACUAUCAACGGCUCUAUUAUGGUUGAUGGGCGUGAGCUGCCGGUGUCUUUCCAGAGAAUGGCGGGAUACUGCGAACAACUUGAUGUUCAUGAACCAUUCGCAACUGUGAGAGAAGCAUUAGAAUUCUCUGCUCUCCUUCGCCAGUCUCGCCACACUUCUAAGGCAGAUAAGCUUAAGUAUGUUGACACUAUUAUUGAUCUUCUCGAGCUCCAUGACCUAGCGGAUACUCUCAUCGGUAGUAUUGGGAAUGGACUCAGCGUUGAGCAAAGAAAGCGUGUCACAAUUGGCGUGGAACUAGUGUCGAAGCCUAGCAUUCUGAUCUUCUUAGACGAGCCCACCUCAGGUUUGGACGGACAAUCGGCCUAUAACACCGUCCGUUUCCUUCGCAAAUUGGCUGAUGUUGGUCAAGCUGUUUUAGUUACCAUUCAUCAACCUUCAGCGCAGCUCUUCGCUCAAUUCGACACUCUCCUUCUCCUUGCAAAGGGCGGAAAGACAGUAUAUUUCGGAGACAUUGGUGAUAACGCAGCCUGCGUUAAGCAAUACUUUGGCCAAUAUGGGGCCAAGUGCCCUACUGAGGCCAACGCAGCUGAGUUCAUGAUUGAUGUUGUUACUGGCGGCAUCGAGGCCGUUAAGGACAAGGACUGGCAUCAGAUUUGGCUCGACUCCCCGGAGCAAACUCGCAUGAUUACGGAACUGGACAGAAUGAUUACGGAAGCAGCUGCCAACCCCCCCGGAACAGUCGAUGACGGAUUCGAAUUCUCUACUCCUCUCUGGGAGCAGACCAAAAUUGUCACUCGGCGGAUGAAUAUCGCCCUUUUCCGCAACACCAACUAUGUCAACAACAAGUUCUCCCUUCACAUUAUCUCUGCUCUACUCAAUGGUUUCUCCUUCUGGCGCCCCGGCCCAAGUGUGUCGGCAUUGAACCUAAAGAUGUUCACGAUCUUCAACUUUGUCUUCGUCGCUCCCGGCGUCAUCAACCAACUCCAACCUCUCUUCAUCCAGCGCCGUGAUAUAUACGACACCCGUGAGAAGAAGUCAAAGAUGUACUCAUGGGUUGCCUUUGUCACCGCACUGAUUGUUUCUGAGUUUCCAUAUCUCUGCAUCUGUGCGGUUCUCUACUUUGCCUGUUGGUACUACCCCGUCUGGAGACUUCCUCAUGACUCGGACAGAUCUGGCGCCACAUUCUUCAUGAUGUUGAUCUACGAGCUCAUUUACACUGGUAUUGGUCAAUUCAUCGCCGCCUAUUCACCUAACCCGACCUUUGCUGCACUGGUGAACCCCCUGAUCAUCAGUACUCUUGUCCUGUUCUGUGGUAUUUUCGUUCCGUAUAUGCAGCUCAACGUGUUCUGGCGGUACUGGAUGUACUACCUCAAUCCGUUCAACUACGUUGUCUCGGGCAUGCUGACCUUCGGCAUCUGGGGUGCCAAGGUCACCUGCAAUGAGGAUGAGUUCGCUUUCUUUGAGCCGCUCAACGGCACGACCUGCAUGGAGUACCUGGCGGAUUAUAUAUCCGGCGCUGGCCACAGUAUCAACUUGAUCAACCCUGAUGCUACAAAGGCCUGCAAGGUCUGUCAAUAUACGGACGGAAGUGAUUUCCUGAAAAACCUCAACAUCCUGAGCUACACUACUGGAUGGAGAGAUAUCGGUAUCUCGGUCAUCUUCGCCAUCAGCGGGUACGCUUUGGUAUUCGGUCUCAUGAAGCUGAGAACUAAGGCUUCGAAGAAGGCUGAGUAG